AUGAGGGAUUGUGAAGAAUUUGGUCCAGUUGAUGACCGUAGAAUAAUCUGUGAUUGUGGACAUCGUGCAAAUAAACAUUCAAUUAGACAAGAGCAAGAUUCUGAACCUGGUAUCAAGCGCCAAGUAGAAGCAUUGGGGAGUGCUACUGAAACUACAACUGAACGUGGUCAGAAAAUCAAGUUACCAAAAAAUGAGAUGGGCUUUCCAUUUAAGAUGUCAGCCCGCACAAUGAGGGGGAUUGUUGGAAAAUUUAGAAAUCCUCCUGAUGGUCCGGAUGAACAAAUCCAACGAUUUUUUAUUGACGAAUGUAAUCACAUACCAAACACCAAACUUAUAAUUGGGGAUGUUCAUUUGACACCUUUAUUGGGCACACGUAAACCUGACUUUGUAUUUCUUAGAAAGGAUGCAGUUACUGAUGCACUUAAUGUUGUUGCACUGGGUGAAAUUAGAAAAAGACAUGGUGACCAUCUUCGGUUAGCUGAUUACGGUCAUGCUGCUUCAUUUGCAGAAAAACUUCAACUACAACCUCGAAGAAGUUUUGCUUUUGUAUUUCUAACAGAUUGUAAAAUGAUUGUACUGAUUAAAGUAACAAAGUGUGCAAACAACAAGUUCCUUUAUAAUUUUACCGUACCAGAAUAUCUUGCAUACGAUGAAAAAAUUCCUUCGAAAGGAUGGAAACAAUUGAUCACAUUUUUAGAAAGUGAGCCUGAUAAAUUAGGCUGGAUGGAACCUAUUAUAUAUGUAAAUGAUAAGGCAAUAAUUCUUGAACGUUCACUUGCUACUGGCAGAACAAGUGUAGUAUAUCAUGGAAAAUUAGAAAGUGAUGAUGUUGCAGUAAAGAUAGCAAAGAAUGAUACUUAUAAAGAGUGUUUUGCUCGUGAAAUAGAUACUUUAUCUAGUUUAAACUUAUGUCAUAUACCACAAUUACGUGAAAGUAACUCUAAUAUAUUGGUUAUUUAUCCACUUUGUUCUGAGAUUUUAAAUCUUAAAAAAGAGGAUAUACAAUCAAUUAUUUCCACACUUAAAGAAGUACAUUUGCGUGGUUUUAUCCAUAGGGACAUUCGUAAAUACAAUCUUUUACGUGAUCAAAAUGAUAGAAUUAUUAUUAAUGAUUGGGGAUAUAGUGUAAAAAAUGGCGAUAAAGCAGAAUUUAGUGGGGCACUUGAAUGUAUGCCAGAUGAUGUAUUGACCUCGCUAGUAAAUGGAGAAGAAAUAACUUAUAAUCCUCGAAUUGAUCUGGUUUCAUUUAUUCGAUCUUUUUACUUGAUGCUUCACCAACCUCAACUAGAUAGGCUCAGUUUUAAUAAAGAUCCUAAUAUUGAACAGUAUGCUUCAGAAGUCCAUCAUUUCUGGACAUUCCAUGCAAAAUCGGAAAUUUGGAUUAAAAUUCAUCAACUUGCUGAUCGUUCAGAUUAUGAUGGUUUAAUUAAAAUGUUAGAACAAUUAUUUUAA